AUGCCUUACUGUGGACCUUCUUGCGCUGUCCCAUCCUGUGCUUCUGCCCCAGUCAUCGGACUUGGGUCAGCUGGAUGUGGACCUUGGGGAUACGGCUACAGAGGUCUUGGAUAUGGCUAUGGAGCUGGUGCCUUGGCCGAAUCAUCAGGAAGCUUGGGCACCCUGGCUGGAGUCAUCCCCUCCUGCAUCAACCAGAUCCCAGCAUCCGAGGUGACCAUCCAGCCACCUUCAGUUGUGGUCACCAUCCCUGGUCCCAUCCUCUCCGCUAGCUGUGAGCCCGUCGCUGUUGGAGGCAACACCCCAUGUGCAGCUGGAGGUUUCGGACGUUAUGGGGGCUACUACGGAGGCCGCCUGGGACGUCUCGGUCGCCGUGGCAGCAUCUGCUCUCUGCCCUGCAACCUCCCCUGUUAAAUUAACCCGGACUCUCCAUGACCAAAACGGAUUUCAGAAGGUUGGCUAAGGCAUGUCUGGCCCCUCCAUGGGCCUGCGUUUAGCUUUCAUAGCUCUCUUCCAUCUACUCUAAAGUUACUCCACCACUUGUAUCAUCCUUUGAGAUUCCAACAACCCAUUAGAACUGUGCCUUCCUGUGAAAUUAGCCCUCUGCCAAACUGAUCGGUCAAGGGCUUCACAUGAAACUUUGA